GAACUGAUGACAUUCAGGGAUGUGGCCGUUGAUUUCUCUGAAGAGGAAUGGGAAUGCCUGGAGCCUGCUCAGCAAAAUUUAUAUAGAGAUGUGAUGUUAGAGAACUACAGAAACCUGGUCUUCCUGGCCAUGACUUCUCAUCAUACCCAUGAAUCUCCACCAAAGCAGGAAAUAAAAUAUUUGUUUCAAAAAAUGAUGAAUGGAAGAUACCAUGACAGUGAUAAACCCUACAAGUUUAAAGAAUGUAGCAAAAUUCUUAAUCAAAGAUCACCUCCUGUUAAACAUCCGAGGAUUUAUGCUGGAAAGAAGCCUUGUGAAUCUAAAGAAAGUGGCAGAGCCAUUAACAGUUGCUCAACUUCUUCUAAACAUCUCAAGCAGCAUAGCAGUGACAAAAUAAAAAGCUCACUUGAUACUCAACACCUGAUAAUAUCUUCUGUAGGCAGAUCCUACAAAUAUGAAGAAUGUGCCAAGGUCUUAAAAAAUUUUUCAGUCCUUACUCAACACCAGAGUACUCAUACUGGAGAGAAGCCCUACAAAUGUGAAGAAUGUGACAAAGGUUUUAAUCGAAGACCAUUGUUUACUGACCACCAGAUAAUUCAUACUGGAGAAAAGCCCUACAAAUGUAAAGAGUGUGGCAAAAGUUUUAAUCAAAGAUUAUAUCUUAAAGAACACCAGAAAAUUCAUACUGGAGAGAAGCCCCACAAAUGUACAGAAUGUGACAAAGCUUUUGUUCACAAAUCACUGCUUACUCGACACCAGAGAAUGCAUACUGGAGAGAAGCCCUACAGUUGUGAAGAAUGUGGCAAAGGUUUUGUUCAAAAAUCGCUGCUUACUCAACACCAUGGAAUUCAUACUGGAGAGAAGCCCUACAAGUGUGGAGAAUGUGGCAAAGGUUUUUAUUACAAAUCAAACCUUACUCAACACCAAGGAAUUCAUACUGGAAAGAAGCCCUACAAAUGUGGAGAAUGUGGCAAAGGUUUUAAACAAAGAUCAUCCUUGAAAGAUCACCAGGGUAUUCAUACUGGAGAGAAGCACUACAAAUGUGAAGAAUGUGGCAAAAGUUUUUAUUACAGGUCAAACCUUACACAACAUCAAAGAAUUCAUACUAAAAAGAAGCCCUACAAAUGUGAAGAAUGUGGCAAAGUUUUUGAGCAAAGAUUAUAUUUUAAAGAGCACCAGAGAAUUCAUACUGGAGAGAAGCCUUACAAAUGUCAAGAAUGUGGAAAAGCUUUUAAACGAACAGAUAAUCUUUCUCUCCACCAGAGAAUUCAUACUGGAGAGAAGCCCUACCAGUGUGAAGAAUGUGGCAGAGCUUUUGUUCAUAAAUCACUGCUUACUCAACACCAGAGACUUCAUACUGGAGAGAAGCCCUACAAUUGUAAAGAAUGUGGCAAAGCUUUUCGUCAAAAAGAACAUCUUAUUUGCCACCAGAGAAUUCAUACUGGAGAGAAGCCCUACAAAUGUGAACAAUGUGGCAAAGAUUUUAAUACAAAAUCAUUGCUUACUGAACACCAGAGAAUUCAUACUGGAGAGCGGCCCUACAAAUGUGAACAAUGUGGCAAAGCUUUUGUUAAAAAAUCACCACUUACUCGACACCUGAGGACCCAUACUGGAGAGAAGCCCUAUAGAUGUGAAGAAUGUGGCAAAGAUUUUAAGCAAAUAUCAGCUCUUAAAGGACACCAAAGAGUCCAUACAGGACAGAAGCCCUAUGCAUGUGAAGAAUGCGGCAAAGCUUUUUAUGACAGAUCAAACCUUGGUCAACACCAGAGAAUUCACACUGGAGAGAAGCCCUACACAUGUGCGCAGUGUGGCAGAGCUUUUGCUCACAAGUCACUGCUUACUCGACACCAGAGAAUUCACACAGGAGAGAAGCCUUAUACUUGUCAAGAAUGUGGCAAAGCUUUUAGUCAAAAAGAAAAGCUUAUUUACCAUCAAAGACUUCAUACUGGAGAGAAGCCCUACACAUGUGAAAAAUGUGGACAGGCUUUUAUUCAAAAAUCACAGCUUACUCAACACCAGAGAAUUCAUAGUGAAAAGAAUUCCUACACUUGUGAAGAAUGCGGCAAAGGGUUUUAUCACAGAUCAAGCCUUACUCAACACCAAAGAAUUCAUACUGGAAAGAAGCCCUACAAAUGAAACAUUCUCCCUGUGCUUCAAAGGAUGGUUCAACCCUUAUUCUACACAGCAGGAAUCAACAGAGAGAAAUAGAAAUGUAAAAAAAGUGGCAAAGUUUCCAACAGUUGUUCAUUCACACCGUAUUCAUCCCCUGAGAAUUCAUACUUUUGAGAGAGAAUACAAGUGGAAAGAUAUCACAAGGCUUUUAGCCAUUGUUCAUAUAUACUAAAAACUGGAGGAUUCAUAAUGCAUUGAAACCCUAAAAAAUGAGGGAGCUUUCCAGAUGGCAG